GCCUGCCUCGAUUUUUAACUGGGUUGUUUCAGUCCCUUUCUAGGAUGAGACCAAUUUACCUAUGAAGACAAAUGAUCAGACGUAAAGGGAAAGCCGUGGCGGUGCCCAUGCUUCGCCUGGCGAUUUUUGUGCUGUGUCUGAGUCGCUCAGAUGUGGCUGCCUUCAGCUCUAUUGCCGAAAAUGAGGAUGCUCUUCUCAGGCACUUGUUUCAAAGCUACCAGAAAUGGGUCCGCCCUGUGGAAAACUCCAAUGACACCAUCAAAGUCCUCUUUGGACUGAAGAUAUCACAGCUUGUGGAUGUGGAUGAGAAGAAUCAGCUGAUGACAACCAACGUGUGGCUGAAGCAGGAAUGGAUGGACCACAAGCUCUCCUGGAACCCAGAGGAAUAUGGUGGGAUCACUGCCAUCCGUGUCCCCUCCGAGUCCUUGUGGCUUCCUGACAUCGUUCUGUUUGAAAAUGCCGACGGGCGCUUUGAAGGAUCCCUGAUGACCAAGGCCAUAGUGAAGUACAAUGGAGCAGUGACCUGGACACCACCAGCCAGUUACAAGAGCUCCUGCACAAUGGAUGUGACUUUCUUCCCCUUCGACAGGCAGAACUGCUCCAUGAAGUUUGGGUCGUGGACGUAUGAUGGCAGCAUGGUGGACUUAAUUUUAGUAGAUGAGAAUGUAGACAGGAAAGACUUCUUUGAUAACGGGGAGUGGGAGAUCUUGAAUGCCAAAGGUAUGAAGGGCAACAGGAAGGAUGGUCUGUACUCUUACCCCUUUGUCACUUACUCCUUCGUGUUGAGACGCCUCCCACUAUUUUACACUCUCUUCUUAAUAAUCCCUUGCCUGGGGUUGUCAUUCCUAACUGUCCUGGUGUUUUACCUGCCUUCAGAUGAAGGAGAGAAGCUUUCCCUCUCUACAUCGGUUCUGGUUUCCCUCACUGUGUUCCUCUUAGUGAUUGAGGAAAUAAUCCCUUCCUCUUCCAAAGUCAUCCCUCUGAUUGGUGAGUACCUGCUGUUCAUCAUGAUCUUUGUGACCCUCUCUAUCAUCGUGACUGUGUUCGUUAUCAACGUCCACCACCGCUCCUCCGCCACUUACCACCCCAUGGCUCCCUGGGUCAAAAGGCUCUUCCUACAGAAGCUGCCUCGGCUGCUGUGCAUGAAAGGCCACGUGGAUCGCUACUCCUUCUCAGAGACUGAAGAAAAGGAGACCACCUUGAAACCAAAGCUCCUGGGGAAGCAGAAGCACAAGCAGACAAAAGACGGAGACAGAAUCGUUAUUGCCUUCCUGGAGAAGGCAGCUGACUCCAUUCGAUACAUUUCCAGGCACGUCAAGAAAGAGCAUUUCAUCAGACAGGUUGUCCAAGACUGGAAGUUUGUAGCUCAAGUCCUGGAUCGGAUCUUUCUUUGGUUGUUCCUUGUGGUGUCAGUGACAGGCUCAGCUCUCAUCUUUACUCCUGCAUUGCAAAUGUGGCUGAACAGUGCUUUGUAGAAAAUGCUCACACAGUAGCACAACCUGUGUCAUGACAAGGGUUGGGGAGUCCCUUGGAGCUUGGUCUCUAUGGCAUGGGAAGCGAAGCAACACAGAGAAUGAGAGAAGGUGGUGGUAACAGUGGACAUUGGUUAGUGUUUUCUGUCUCCAUACAACUCUACCAGUUAGGGAUUUGGCUGAGAUCAGAGAAGAGCUUUGUGUGCAGCUGAGUCCUAAAAUUAACUGAGAGAGAGAGGGUUGGAGUCAAUGAUCUAUGGAGGUCCCUUUCAACCACUAACAUCCUGUGGCCCUGGGGUAAUUAGAGUUGCACAACUAGGUUUGUAAGUAUUUUAGCAUCAACUGGGUUAUAUGACAAUAAGCACCAAGAUUUCUAGUUAAAAUGUGAAGUGGUAAUUCUGGCACAAGGAUUAUACUUAAGAGGUAGAUCUGCCAGUUAAAAGGAUGCUUUUUACAGGAGGUGACAAUAGGAAGAGAAAUCGGUACCCAGCUGAUCGGUGCAUUGCUUUGUGCCUGUGUCAGAGCUGAUAGUCACGUAGCAUGUGCACCAGGAAAAGUACAAACACCCUUGUCGUGGAGGGCUAGAUGAGAUACUCCAUACCUUGCCUCUGUUGCCUGACCCCACUGCUUGGAUCAGCCCAAAAGUGGCAGAUUUUGCUGCUCUGCCCACCUGCUACCAGACCUUUUAGCGUGCACAUCCCAUCUCUCCUAUUAGCCAGCUACAAGGUGUGACCCAAUUUUCCUUAUCACUUGCAACUUUGCCUGCUGAUCUGAAGGCUGAAGAAGUAAGGACUUAUCCCCAUGCUUCACAUUUAGAAAUCAUGAUUCCUACACCUGCUUGUUCACAAGAGCAGUGGAAGAUCAUCUGAAGCAUGGAGAAAGAUGUCUGUGCUACUUCAGAAAGCAACAGCUUGGGGUUGUUUUUUUUCCCCCCUACCUGUUUUGGGGUUGUUCUUUUCCCCCUACCAGUUCAGGUGGAGGAAAGCUGAAGACAUAGUUUUUGGGAAAUGAAACUUGUGGUUGGUAAAGAAGCAAAGUUCCUCCUGAGAGCUGUGGGAUGGGCUGGCUGCUGGGGAGAUGAAUUUUUUGGGUGGUGUCGUUGGUAUUUCUCAAGCAGCUCAGGAUUUUGAUUCCUCUGAUUUGUUUGAAUGGACUCCCUCUGCAUGAUUAUAAACACUUCUUGCAAGUGUAAGUGAGACCUGACAGAAAACACAUAGAUAAAGCUCUCACUACUUUUGCUGGGGCAGGGUUUGCUUUGUCUGUAUGCAGAUAAUCCCAUUCAUCACUUGCAAGUGUUUUCAAGGCUAGCAAGGAAUUUGGAGACUUUAUUUUCCACAGUCUUAAUGUGCAUCUGGUGUUAGAGCUUGCAACUUUCUCCCUAGGUUGGAAGGCACUAAAAAUGCAUGGAGAUAUUCUUGUGCUUGGCUUAUACCUGCAUACCUGACCUCUAUGAGUUAAUAUCACCCUAUCCUCUUGAGUCACUGAAGAAAGUUCUGUUCACCUGUACACUCAUUAUUAAUAAAGGUGUAUUUAGUAAACAA